GUGUAGACUGGCUUUGCUUUUGUUAUGAGUGUCGGCAUGGUGGAAUGUUGUGUGAUGAAAUGGGUCUCGGGAAAACUAUUCAGACGAUUAAGUUCAUAGAAUGCAUUCUUGAUCUAAACCGAUCUUCAAAAAUACUAAUUGUUUGUCCUUUAUCCUUGCUUGAACAUUGGUCUACUGAAUUCUCAAAGUUUGCUCCGCUUCUAUCUUGCAAGGUAUAUAUGGGAAAUAAAGAUGAGCGGGCCAAAUUAAGAUCUGCGCUUGUCGCUUCAACAUUUUCUGUUCUUAUAACUUCAUACGAAGCCUGCCUCAAUGACGAGCUAUUCUUUGCUAGGUUUUCUUGGUCUUUACUAAUUGUCGAUGAAGGUCAUCGAUUGAAAAAUUCUUCCUCUCUUCUAUACCAAAUGCUGUCUCAGAAUAUAAAAGGAUUUCGAUUUAUCUUAACUGGGACACCCAUUCAAAAUAAUCUAGAUGAGUUGUAUAAUCUGCUGCAUUUUGUUGCUCCAAAGAUAUUCCUAAUGGAAACUAAAGCUGAAUUCAUUAAAAUUUAUUCACGGAUCGACUCUGCCGUAAUCUACGUUACUUUUGGAUGGUAUUAUUUGCAUAUAUAUAUAUAUAUCUCAGUUUAUUUUUCGUUUUAUUGA